AUGACCCUAUCAAAGAAGUUCUUGUGGUACAUUGCCCUUCGCAUGUUAGCAGACAGCCGAUUGGCCCAAUCGAUCCCUACCGAAAAACUGGACACUGGGUUGAGAGAGGUACGCCGAGCAGGGAAUUGCCCCUCAGAUUCAAUCGACCAUAUCCUAUGGCCAGGAGAAAAAGAGCUCCGAUCACAGGGCUUUGGCUGGAAGGAAGCUAACAGCCAACCUCAUUCCAAACGCAAAGCUGAAAUUGACCGCAUGGAAUCGAGAACCAAGCAGAUUUCCGAGAAAAUUCGUGCAUUUAAGAGCAAAUAUCUUGCGACGGAAUCUGAUGAAAGUCAUCCUACGAGUAGUGAAUUGCCUGAUGGUUCCAGAAUAGAACGUACAAUUUUCAACUUGGAGUCGGUACAUGAUUACCUGUCGAGUAAAUGCCGAAGGAAAUUUUACAAGUCCAGUCAAGGUUCACCGCACACUGCUCUCCCGUUGGACAAUUUCAACGAAGAAGAAGAUUAUCCAUUGGCUGAGAUACAUGAUGGUUCUCCACUUCCAGAGGGAGAGAGGGUGGUUGCCAAGGUAUUAUAUGGUCCCAACCGCUCAAGUAUUUUCAACAACCUGUGGGGGGAUCUCAUGGAACAGCUUCCAAGCCAGAAGGUAUCCAACCAACAUCAAUCAGAGUUCGAAUCGGACCUAUUGGAAAUCAUGUCUCUCCUAGGCAACUACAUGACCGUAUACCAAUUGAAAUCAACGGAUUUCUUCAGAAAAAACAAUAUUGUCCGUUCUCUGAAACCAAAAGAGCUUUCCAAAGUAAUCUACUUGCUCGCUCUGUCAAAGGGUUACAUCAUGGAGGAUUUCCGUUCGUAUCUUGAAUCGAGGAAGGCCGGAAAGCAGAAUUUCAUUCAGAAUAUUGCAACAUCAUUCAAUGAUCUAGAUCCAGAAUUUUUGAUGACAAGUAAGAGCUUGGAGCCUUAUCGCAAAGAAAUAGAAGCACUUGAAAAGAAAGAUAAGGAUCUUCUUGUUUAUAAUUGUCGGAAAGGCCUCUUAGAUCGCCUCAUACGACAACAAGAACAGCUACGCAGGCUCGUUCAACAAAGAACUGAGUUUGUUGUUCGCCGCCCGACGAGGGAAGUAAAAAGGAAUGACUUACGAAGCCAAGGAGCGUGAACAAUUCAUUUUGGAAGACUUUUCCUUACUUUUGAAUUUCCCGAUUUCAGCCAUUCCAUUUGAAAAAC